AUGGCGGCCGCCGGAACCCGGACUCUCGAAUUCACGGUCCUCUCAGCAGAGGACUCCGCCUCGAGGGGAGACCCGGCGGAUUCCGACGGCGGGAGCUACCCUCAGUGGAACGAGAAGGUUGUCGUCGAGAUGCCAAUGCCGCCGGCCAAUUCGGUGACGUUGGAAGUCCGAUCUGGAAACAGAGUGGUCGGACCGGCAUUUCAAGUUUUUGUGAUAAUUUCUUUUUUUCAUUUUUUAUAA